CAACCAGGACCUGCAAUUCACUCAACAUUCCAUCACAUCGAACACAAUGCUGCAACAGAGAUUGUUGCGCUCAUUCCUGGCUGCCUCGAAGCAAACCCCGGCUCUUCCAACCUCUAGAAUCUCUCCAUCCGCCUCCCAACCCAAAGUCGCAUUUGUCGCAUCACAACAGCUAGCGUCGCGGAGAUGGUAUUCAGCAGAAACUGAAGCGAAGAAGGAAGAGGUUCUGAAGGAGCAGGCAGAGGCACAAGGUGCUCAAGAGACACCCAAGAAAGAUGCAGCGAAGGAGGAUCCAGUGCAGAAGGAGUUGGAGGCUAAGAAGCAAGAGAAUGUUGAUCUGACUGACCGUCUCAAACGACAAAUUGCCGAAUAUCGCAACCUCCAAGAGCAGACCAAGCGUGAGGUCCAAGCAGCGCGAGACUUUUCCCUGCAACGAUUCGCAAAGGACCUACUAGAGAGCAUCGACAACCUGGAUCGUGCACUUGAGGCCGUUCCCAAGGAGAAACUCACCUCCGAGAAUCAGGACUUGGUCAACCUGCACAGUGGACUCAAGAUGACCGAGCGCAUCCUGAUGGGCACUCUGAAGAAGCAUGGAAUGGAGAAGUUUGAUCCUAGCGUUGAAGGCGACAAGUUCGAUCCCAACAAGCACGAGGCGACGUUCAUGACACCACAACCGGACAAGCCUGACAACACUGUAUUCCAUUGUCAAUCGAAAGGCUUUCUCUAUAACGGCAGAGUACUGAGGGCUGCGAAGGUUGGCGUGGUGAAGAACUCAUGAGCGAGUGGGGAAGCGGCAUCUGUAUAAUGCGGUAUGACGGGAAAUAGCAGUGUAAGAUUCUCCUCUUCGAGUAAAACU